AUGAAUGCAAUUAAUCUAAUUAUCUUCUCCGUCUCCUUUAAUGAUCCAGAUCUCGUAAAAGUAUUCAGUCAACGGGACAAUCAGACUCUUGGUACAGGCGAGGAGGAGAAACAGGUGUUUCGAGUUCGACCAGAAGACGUUGAGGUGCGUCUAGGGGAGAAUGUUUACCUCUGUUGCAUCGUCGACCACCAGCAAGGACGUGCUCAGUGGACCAAGGAUGGCUUCGCACUUGGAUUCGAACGGACGGUACCAGGAUACCCUCGUUACCAGUAUGUCGGCGACGACACACUAGGCGAACAUCACCUAGUCAUUCGCGGUGCCACACUUGAAGACGACGGGGAAUAUCAGUGCCAGGUGGGGCCAACUGCUACUAACGAAGCCAUCUGGGCUGGUGCUAACGUCACUGUGAUGGUGCCACCCAUGAGCAUCGUGAUGGUGGGUUGGGGUGACGGGGCGGUUGUGGAGGUGAUGGAGGGCACUAGACUCAAGCUGGAGUGCCUUGUGAUCGAUGCCAGGCCAGCCCCAGCCGUCGUCUGGUACCGUGACAAUAUUAGGAUUGACCCAACUCUGCAUAAGGAGGUCAUUGAACCAGCUCAGAUGCCAAGGAUGUGGAACGUGAGGAGCCAGCUGGAAAUGAAGCCAGGUUCUGGUGACGACGGUCGCAAGUACUCCUGCCGGGCACUCCACAAAGCUCUGGCAUACGCCCCAUCCAGUCUCAUGGCGUCUGUCAGUCUCGCUGUGUUCCAUCCACCCGGACGGCCCGUGAUCAGCGAGUACCGCACUGGCGAAGUGAUGCGAGCUGGCGAGAGUCGCAUCAUAGUCUGCCACGUCCUAGGAGGUAACCCCAGCCCCUGGGUGAUCUGGUAUCGCCAUGGGCGGCCCCUCACCAGCAAUGCUAACAACAGAAUAAACAGCAACAACACCGUCACCAGCGCCUACCCUGCCAGGCAGAUGCGAGCAUCGGGAGGCGUCUUCGUUAGUCAGCAAGUGACAGCAUCCCGGGAGGAAGAUGGAGCCGUGUAUGAAUGCCGGGUUUCUAGCGAUCUUCUCGUCCGACCUUACACCACUAAUAUUACUCUCACCGUACACUAUCCACCAGCUCGUCUGAACGUGAGUGGGCCACCAGCUAUUGCUGUAGGAGAGGAAUACACUCUUACCUGUGUAACAGCACCUGCCAACCCACCUGCUACUAUCACCUGGAUCGUCCAAGGCAAGUCCAUCAGCUCGGCCACAUCUAUGGUAACGGAGGAUAAGGAAGGAGGCUGGGUGACUGCCUCAAGGCUGACGAGGAAGCUGACGAAGACUAAGGACGAAAAAGAAACACGCGUGGAAUGCAGAGCAGAUAACUCAGCCUCUGUAAAGGGUGUCAGCAGGAUCCAUGUUAUCAACAUUCUAGAGCGACCAGGCAUACCUGAGGUGACGAUUGAGAGUGAGGGACAGGCGAAAGCAGGUGACAAGGUGAUUGUACGGUGCACCUGCAGCGGUGGCAACCCCAGCCCUGAUCUUACGCUGUACAAGGGUAACGAGCUGUUGGACGAGGUGAAGGUGGAGAGCGAGGGGAGUUUGACCACGGCCCUGGCUGCCGUGAGAGUUAACGCUUCAGACAACGGUGAAGCCAUCAGUUGCGAGGCUACAAACCUGGCCACCAGCACUCCAAUCGUCGGACAAGCCAUACUAAACGUCAACUUCGCACCAUGGGAUGUGAGUGGAUCUGUCAGCCCACAGAAUGUGGAGGCCGGUCAGGUGGUGAAGAUCACCUGUAAAACCUCCAGUAGUGUACCAGCCUCCAUCGUCACCUGGCACACCCGAGCACACCUGCUAGGUGACCCCUCCGUCAAGCACUCACCUGGGCUCUACGGUGGCACCAUCACCGAGUCUAAGGUGAAAGUGAGACCAGAGGCUGAAGACAAUGGUCUCGUCGUCGUCUGCGAGGCUGAGAACGGACUUGGGGUCACCGUCAGCACCAAUAUCACUUUGAACGUUCUGCAUGGCCCUGUGUGGUUGUUUACGCCAUCUGGAAUGUUAAAUGUGUUGGAAGGUGGUGACCUGACCAUCACAGCUGAAGCUAUGGCCAACCCCGGUCCCGUCACGUACACAUGGCAGCGAGGAACAGUGACCCUGGUGGGGAAAGAAGAAGAGGCAGGGAGUGGGCAACUCAGACUCCGGAGAGUGGGUCGUCAUAUGGCCGGGACAUACACCGUCACUGCCUCCAGCAGUAGAGGCUCCGUCAACGCCUCCUUCAUCGUCGACGUUCAGUAUGGUGCCGAGAACAUCACCGCUCCCAAGAGAGUGUUGGUAGACCAGAAUGACACGGCUACCGUGUUGUGUUCCGCCUCUGGCAACCCAACACCCAAUGUCACUUGGUCAAGAGAUUCUGAUGAUACCAGUGUGGUGCUGUCGUGGGGUGUAGGCGAGGCUUACCUGCAGGUGGAGUGGUCGACACCUUCAGACACUGGGAUUUACUACUGCCGAGCCUCCAACCUUGUCUCCUCACCUCCCAGUGUUGCUACAGCUAUCGUUGUCACACAAGCCCCUACAUCGGCUAGCAGCCUCCUGGAGGAAGAGGAGGUGGCAGGAAGGUCGUGGGCUGUGGUGGGUGGCAACGGCUUGUUGGACUGUCGAGUCAAAGCUUCUCCUCGCCCGACUUUCGAGUGGAUCGCCGAGGAUGGACCCAUUACCGACAACAACAGAAAAUACGACAUCCACGUACCCCAGCUGAUGGACAGCGUGGCUGAGUGGUCAUCAGUGUUGGAAAUACGCAGUGUUACGGCUGGAGAUUUCACUAGUUACACCUGCGUGGCCACCAAUCCUCUCGGAUCCUACACCUUGAACUACACCCUCAGCCCGCCUACCCAUCCCGGCACACCUCUCAGCCUCAACGUAACAGCGGUGAGUGACACCACUGUGGAGGUGAGGUGGUCAGACUUCACUGUAGGUCCUCGCCCUGCAGGCUACACCAUCAGAUACCGCACUACUACAGGACAACGUCACUAUGAGCUGGGUGACUCAAGUAUGGAAAGCCAGUUCCUCAUAUCGAAUCUCGCUCCCCCUCCCACCCCCGUGCAGCUCGUCGACAUCCCCGGCACCAACAUCACCAGCCUCGUCAUUGAGGAACUCAAGCCAGGGGCGGAGUACUCCUUCAGUAUCCAGUCGUACAAUGAACAGGGACGAGUCUAUCACACCUCCCCACCAGUCGUUGUUAUUAUGAGUGAAGCUGAAGAUGACGUUGUCGUUGUCGAGGAGCGGCCCAAAGGCAUUUCUUUCAUCGUGUUCCUCCUGAUUGCUGUCACGGGAGGAGUGUUAAUUGUCCUCAAUAUUAUUGGCGUCCUUUGCUUCUUACGUCGCCGAUCCUACUUCCAAGAAUUUGCAGCGUCUUCGUGCAAAUCGUCAGCCUAUGAGGUGCCAUCGCCGUCUCAGGUGGACAACCUGUCACUCAGCUCGUCAGACGACAUCCCUCCACCAGACUACGAGCAGGUGAUGGGGUCGUGUCGUGUUGGCUCGUUCGGUGGAGGCAGUCUUCAGGAUCUGUCUUUGCCUUCUGGUUCCCGCGGCACACCCUCCCUGGCUCGUAGUUCCCCCGUUGUCACCUCCUCCAGCACCAUCUCCAACAGCGGUGCCGAUAUCAUUGCUCCCCCCGAUGACUUCUCCAGUGGUAUCGUGAAUCUGAGCCCUGACGACCAUGAAUCUAUGUCAUCCCGCUAUGGGAGAGGUUCCUGGGCUAACCUUGAAGCAGACCAACCCAUCUGUCACUCAGCUAGUCCCCAGCAGACUGCCUACGACCAGGAGCAAUAUCGCCUGCCCAGACCAGUGGGACAUGUGUCUGCAUCAGCGUUCCGUAGUAUGGAAUCUCUCGCACAGUUGUACAGCCAACACUACGAGCCACAGCCAGCCUUCACUCUGCCCAGACGUCCCUCUCAGGUAACCUACCAUGGCCAACCUCAUCUUCAGCAGCAACUAGAACAGGAACAGGCUCAAUACCAGCAAAUGGAACAGCAGAAGCAGUACCAGCAUGCCCAGCAGUUGAGUUCAUCCGUUGAGUAUGAACAGCCAGCAGUUCAUGAGCAGUACUUCAUGCAUCAACAACAGUGUUGUCAACAAGACCCUGUAGAAGGCAGCAUGACUGUUCCUCCACCUUAUGCCAGCCUCGACCCAUCAACACUGUACGCUCUCCACACAACCUUUGAAGAUAUUCACAAACCUUCAACAAGUUACACUGGUGAGCGAGUCUACAGAUUAUACCUAGAUACAUCUUUCUGUAUGCAAAAUGUACUUUAAAUGUUUUUUGGAAACUUUACUUUCAUCACAAUUAACGUAGCUGUGUAACACAUACAAACAAAAAAUAAGCUAGCCUAUAGCACAUGUGUCCCAUUCCCAUUCUUACGAACCUUUAGACUCGUAAGAAACCAGCACGUGUAACAAAAGCUCAUUUAAAAAAUCACCUUUCGUAUCUUUCAGAUUGGCCACCCAUGGCGUCAGCUUACCCAAGAAGUGACCAUGGUGAGACCUAAACACAAAGUGUACUUCAGAAUGGUGUUUGGUCCCUGUGUCACUAUGGUACCUGUGUCUUCACUUUACCAUCAAUAUCUUCACCUACAUAACCAGUACCUUCACUACUGCUGUCAACACUACAUUACUGGUGUAUUUGUAAUGACUGGAUGUCUUCCCUACAUAACCGGCGAAGUGAUUACCUCGACACACUCACUGUUUCAGACGGCCAGUGUAGCGCUGUUAUCCCUAACUCUAGUGACAGAGUUGCGCACACCGUCAUUCUCAUGGCCACUGGCGAAGAGCCAAUUGUGUUCUCUACGAGGCGUGUAUGUGUGUCUUCUGACGACCCAUCACUGUAUUGUCUCUUCUCCAUGGAUGUCAUCUUGUGUUUUCCAGUGUUAUACCAAGUAGCAAACUCUGGAGACCACGUGAGUAGUCCACACGCAUCUUUGAUUAUCUUCAGACACCUUCAGGGGAAGGUGCCACGUUGCCGGCAGUGAUACAAGAAAUACAACUUAUUUUACCCCUUCUUGAAAUGAAACUUUAUCUUCCUGCAGCAGUAGUAGUUUAGUAGUUUACCAAAAUAAUAAUAAUAAUAAUAAUAAUAAUAAUAAUAAUAAUAAUAAAUCGAAAGGUUUUCCAUAAUAUAAUCAAAUUAAUCCGUAAACCCGUUAAUUUUCUAUAAACAUAAAAGUGGUUUUAAUCAUUCACAGCAUUUAGUAA